AUGUCUACAGCAUCGAAAACCUGUAUUUUGGGUGCCUCUGCGUUCAGUAUUUUUAUGGUGUAUUUCGUCCAUAGCAAUCAGAUCGCAGAAAAGCAGAGAAUGUCAGCAGGUGUAGAGAAAGAUCAGGAGCGAAAACAGAUCAAGCAAAGCAGGUUUGAUGAUCUAAAUAAACAAAGAGCAUUGUACGAUUUCUACGAGAAGGAUCAACCAAUUACGAAAAAUUCAAACGACUCAUCGUGA